UAAAUCUAAUGGCAUGAGUAUAAAAUGGAGCCAACAACAGAGCGGAAGGAAAACCAAAACAAGAUCUCUGCUUUAUCCAUUGACACCUCAGACCCACGCCAUCUCCACCCACACAAGACAACAAUAAAAACAUCAAAAGUUGAACAUGGAUAGGGUAUUUUCAGUGGAGGAUAAUGUCACACAGACCAAUCCUGGUGUCUAGCACGGGCCACAAACACCAAUUGUCCAAAAUGAACCGGUCUGAAUCUGAAUGGGCUUUUCAAAGAUUUCUUCAAGAAGCCUCUGCUGCAACCUUUGAUGACAACACUCCCAAUUCUUCAGCUGAUAAAACUGACGUUGUUCAUAUCAAUGAUUAUGGAUAUAGUAAUAACAACGCUACAAGUAAGAGCUGUGAUAAUAAUUAUAAAGAGAAUGCCAUGCCCUUGAGUAAUGGGGCCUGUGCCACCGCUGCUUCAUUGUCGCUUGGUGCUCCGGCGGAUAUUCCUGUGGACUCUGAGGAUUAUCAUGCGUUUUUGAAGAGUAAACUCAAUAUGGCUUGUGCUGCUGUUGCUUUGUCUCGGGCAUAUUUUGUAAAACCUCUAAAAUCUCCUGCUACAGCUGAAAGUGGAUCACAGGCUUCAAGUACUUCACAUUUGGGAUCCCAUGCUCCUUCUAAAGGAGCUGGGCAUGAUUUAUCUAGGUCCCGAGAAAAAGAUGCUAAUGAGCCACUUGGAAAUCCCUCCUUGCCUUCCAUGCAAAAGAAACUUGCAGUUACCGGUAAACCAACAACAAGUGGAUCAUCCAGAGAACUGUCGGAAGAUGAUGAAAAUGAAGCAGAAACUAAAAUAACUGAGAAUAUGCACCCUGCUGAUGCAAAACGUGUGAGGAGAAUGCUUUCGAAUAGAGAGUCAGCUAGACGAUCAAGAAGAAGAAAGCAGGCCCAUUUGACUGAGCUUGAGACCCAGGUUGCUCAAUUGAGGGUUGAAAACUCUUCUCUGCUGAAGCGGCUGGCCGACACAAGUCAGAAGUACAAUAAGUCUGCUGUUGACAACAGAAUUUUAAAAGCUGACAUUGAAACGCUGAGAGAAAAGGUGAGGAUGGCUGAAGAGAAGGUCAAAAGAUUUACUGGGUUGAACCAUGUGUUCCAUGCCAUGCCUGAUGUAUCCACAAUGAGUAUGCCGUCGUUUGAUGGAUGCCCCUCUGACACAUCAGCAGAUGCUGCUGUCCCUGUCAAGGAUGAUUCAAAGCAUCACAUCUAUCAGGCUCCUAACAAUGCUAUAUCAACUCAUGACUCCAGGCCCAGAGUCAACUUUGUGUUGGCCGAUAUAUCUUCAGUUGAAAAUGUGCAGCCGAAUUCCGGAACAGCAGCAGGAGUAUCAGGGAACAAGUUGGGGCGAACAGCUUCUUUGCAGCGAGUGGCUAGCUUGGAGCGUUUGCAGAAACGGAUUCGUGGGGGUGCAAGUCCUUGUGGACCUCAGUCCAAUGGGGAGCAGUCGUAACAAGCAAAGGAACCCCGACUGUCAAGAAGAUUUAGAGAAGAAGAUUCCAUUUCAGUUUGAUUUUUGGUUUAACUGUAUGUAAAGAUCCUAUUCUUUAAUUACAUGUUGAAUCAAACAAUUAUUUUUUACCGCAGUUGGCAAUGCAAAACGUAGCUCUAUAGAACAGCUUAUCAAUUGAACCUCUUACA